UUUAAAUGUGCAAAAAGCGGGAGUUACAGAUAAAGCAAGACAAACAAUCAAGAAACACUAGAUGAGAGAGAGAAAGAAGCAACACAAAAUCAUUGUGUGCAUUAAGUUUUAUGUAUCAAUGUAAACAAGUAACCUUAAGAUUAGAGCUUUUGUGUGUGUGUGUCCGUGAAGAAGAGAUCACAGCAGUCGUAAAAUGAUGAGAGGGGUAAUGCAAGACCAGAAUCAUGAAAACCAGAUCGAGAAACAAAUUGGAUGCAUGUCUGGUUUCCUUCACAUCUUCGAUCGACAACAGAUUUUGGCCGGAAAGCGUAUCCACUCUGCUAAACGUCAUCCUACAUCCGCCGUGGUGGCCGUGUCACCGGAGUCGAUUAAUUUGAACACGAUCAGAGAAACUGAGAAGCCGGUAGUGGUUACCUCGCCGGAAAGCGAAAGUCUAAACGGUUUUCCGCCAUCUCCUGUUGCGAAUUUGAAGUUUUUUCCUACAUCAACGCCACCUAGAUCACCACUACCCCUCCCAAUAUUUGAGGGGAAGAAUUCAUGGAAAUUCUGCAAAGAAAUGCCGAGGCUAUCUCUUGACAGCAGAGCAACAAUCGACUCGAAAGGGAGUCUGUGUCCACGAGAGAUCCGGCCAGACUCCAAUGACCCAACCUUGGAGAAUCAAGGAAGGUCGCCCAGCGUCAUUGCCAGAUUAAUGGGACUUGAGCAGUUGCCGUCUUCGUCUUCGGUUUUGUCAUCGAGUCCAGAACCCAUGACGAAACCGGAGCUCAGGCGAUCUGCAUCUGAAUCCAGGGUUGCAACAAAUUUGUUCAACUCUGGAUUCAUAGACCGGAACAAUUUGCAAACAAAACAACCAAAUCAAACAUCUGAAAAAAAUCAGACUAGCAACCCCGAGAUGAAAUAUCCAUCACGGAAUAUUUCAUCACGGAGUCAACAAAAUGAAUCUUCUCCUCUGCGGAGAUACCCUGCACCUCCGCAGAGGAGAAUCUUCUUCGACUCAACGGAUUUUUUCCCUGAGCCGAAGCAAAAAAUCUCAAAGAACUUGAACAUGAAGUUGAAAAGAGUAGACGAACAGUCGAAGGAUCUAGAAGCAUUGAAGAAUAUUCUAGAAGCAUUGCAACUGAAGGGUCUUUUACAUUCUAUAAACAGAGACAACAACCGGAACUUCGUUUACGAUAAUUUGAAUGUAAUCCCUAUGAAUCGCCGGCAUUGCCAUUCACCCGUGCCAAAUCGGAGAUAUUCGGGUGAUAUUUCUCCGAGAACCGAACGUGGAGUGUUUGAUCGAAGCGGAAGGAGUCUGGUGAGAGUUAGAAACUCCGCGGUUCGUUCUAGAAUCGAGCUUAAUUCAAAGAAUUCUAAUGCAAAUGACAAGAGAAAACCGUUGAGCAUCCAGACCGGACAGAGAUGCUGUGCAUCGUCUGAAUCGCCAAGAAAUUCACCCAAACUUGCACCGAAAAAAAGCGGAUCGGAACAUCGUUCUGCAGUUGCGAGUCGGUCUCCGAGAAGCAAGAGACCGACCGAAAAGGUUUAUUUGAAACACAAGGUUUGUAGAACUGUGGUUGUGGAGGAUGAAUCGACUUCGUUUUCUGAAAGCUCCGGUAGUACAACUUCUCAGUUUGAUGUAGAGAGAUCGAAAAUGGAGGAAUACAAAGAAGGAAAAAGUCUACUAGCAAGAUGUGACAAAUUACUAGCAGAAAUGAACAGCAUUACCGAGUCACAUACGAGUUCCUCCAACUCAGUACUACCGAGUCCAGUUUCUGUUCUUGACCCGGCGUUUGACAAGGACGAAUCGUUGUCUCCUUCGCCUGUCAUGAAACGCACCAUUGAUUUCAAAGAUCUUGCUGAUGAUCUAGACGACGACAUCUGGAGCUCUCCUGCGACACCAACCGAAGACUUCGAGGAGUUCAUAUCAGGCGAUUCCGACUUUAAAUACAUCUCCGAAAUACUCCGAGCAUCAAAGUAUCUUCCAGUCAACUCUUCCGCCUUCCUUUUUCUUGAAAAACAACAAUCUCUCAACGAAAACGACUCAUCAAACAGUUCAAAACUCCAACGAAAGCUAGUGUUCGACGUUGUUACUGAAAUCCUCAACCACAACAAAGAUUUACCACCGUCAUUAACAAAAUCAAGCAACACUGUUAAAAAAAUUUGUUCCGAGUUUCAGAAGAUCCGGGAGCCUGAAACCGCAGAAAACUUGUUGGAUCAGAUUUGUUCUGUGCUUAAAAAAGACCUCGCCGGAGACAAUGGCUGGGGAGAUCAUCCGGUGGAGAUAUCUGAAGCCGUAUUGUACAUCGAACGCCUGAUAUUCAAGGAUUUGGUAAGCGAAACAAUCCGUGAACUCGCUCAAUUUGCCGGGAAAACAACCGUCUUGGCGACGAGAAGGAAAUUGGUUUUUUAAAAUAAUUAUAAUAAGAGGGAACCCCUUUAGUUUAAUUUUCCCGCUCUUUUUUUAUAUAAAAGAUAUUGUGUCAGACUCGAAGACUAUAUAUUGUUAAAGUUGAUGAAGUAAAAGUAAAAAGUUAUGGAAAA